CAAAAGAGGCGCGCUGUUGGUGAUUCCGGAAGAAACAGGAGUGCGGCGUGAACAUGGGGAAGCAAAAGAAAACAAGGAAGUAUGCGACCAUGAAGAGAAUGCUUAGUCUGAGAGAUCAGAGGCUUAAAGAAAAGGAUAGAUUAAAGCCAAAAAAGAAAGAAAAGAAAGACCCCAGUGCACUCAAGGAAAGAGAAGUCACCCAACACCCUUCCUGCUUAUUCUUCCAAUAUAACACACAACUGGGCCCACCAUACCACAUCCUGGUUGAUACCAACUUUAUCAACUUUUCCAUUAAAGCCAAAUUGGACUUAGUGCAGUCUAUGAUGGACUGUUUAUAUGCCAAGUGUAUCCCUUGUAUAACUGACUGUGUAAUGGCUGAAAUUGAGAAAUUGGGACAGAAGUAUCGAGUGGCUCUCAGGAUCGCCAAAGAUCCAAGAUUUGAGCGAUUACCAUGUACACACAAAGGAACCUAUGCAGAUGACUGCUUAGUACAGAGAGUAACUCAGCAUAAAUGCUACAUUGUGGCCACCGUUGACCGGGACCUUAAGCGAAGAAUCCGGAAGAUUCCUGGAGUUCCUAUCAUGUAUAUUUCUAAUCAUAGAUACAACAUUGAGCGGAUGCCAGAUGAUUAUGGAGCCCCUCGGUUCUAAUUCAUACAUGAGCAAGUCCUCUGCUUCCUUUAACCAACUUUCUCUGUCAUCAGUUCAUUGAACAUGCUGUAGCAUGAGUUGUUAUUCUACUCUCCAUUUGCUCUAUUAUGAGCUGAGUAUAGUUAAAUACACUCACUUUUUGAUGUUUUGAAAAUAUUUUUGGGGAAAAUGGUAUUUGGUAUCAUUUAAAAAAUUGCCACAUAUUUUUAUAAAUCGGGAUUGCUCACAUAAGUUGACUGUCAUUUUUUUUUUUUUUAAUAGAGGCAUGUUUA